CCCCACAACAAACGCGGCGGCGACGGCAGCGGGUCGGCCUUUUAAUUUCCUUUUCCCCACUCUCUUCCCGUUGGUGUUGCUUUAGUUUGUAUUCUCGUGUGACUUCCGGGCGCUGGUGAUUACUGUCAUCGUUGGAGGGGACGAGGAGGAGCAAAUUGCCAGUGAGACGGCCUUUUAAUUUCCACUCGGAUUUCGUCUCUUUUUUAGUACUUGUAAAUCCAAUCGUUGGUGAUUGCUAUUACCCAUAUAGCUAACAGGAUUUCAGGGAUCAGCCGAGCAGCACUAUGGAAACCGAGACGGCUCUGCUCUGGGGCUUCAUAGUCCUCCUGCUCCUUGUCGUGGCGACGGUCACAGCCUUGCUCGUCCACUCGGGUCUCCUCAUCCCUGUGGAUGUCAAGACGUGCAAACCUGACAUUGGUGAAAUCCAAAUUGCUUAUAAGUUCGCUCAAGGCCCGUACAAGGAUUCUGGGAUGCUCUUUACUGAAGUCCAUUCACUAUUACCACAAUAUCGUACUAUUGGUGUUUAUUAUGAUGACCCAAACACAAAACAGCCCCACAAGUUGCGCUACAUUGUGGGCAUCAUAUUGUCAGAAAAUGGUAGUCCAACUAAUGCAGAACAUCUGAAACUCCUGGAAGAAAAUAAUUACAGAUUUGCAACAUUUCCAUCAAUUGACCAUGCAGUCCAAACUAAAUUUCCAUUCAAAAGUACAAUUUCUAUUAUUGUGGCUAUAAUGAAAGUUUAUCCAUCUCUUCGUGAGUACAUUGAACACAGAAGUUUGUGUGCUCGUCCAUUCCUUGAAGUCUAUGACAACGAGAAGUCGGAGAUAUUGUUUGUGGGCCCACUGGCACGUCAGGAUGAUUUCUAUGUCCCAGAGGUGCUACAGGAAGAAGAGGACAACAGAGAGGACGAUGACUUCGAGGAUGAUCGGACAGAGAAUUCAAGCCGGUCAUGGGAUGAGUCUGCAUCUUUCAUAAGAGGUGGUGUUGAUCUGAAUGAUUCAGAAUGUUCAGAAAGUGUGGGUGAUGACAGUUCCAGCCACCCUUUAGCCUCAACACAAGAGCGCCCCAGUGUCCCACUCUCUUCCUUGCUACAAGACAGAACAGAUUCCUCCACACUUCAUGUCUUACCUCCACCUGCCCAGGGAGAACCAGAAACACCUGGAGGGAAUCAGCCUGUUCCCCCACCAAGUGAAGCUGCAGCAGCCAGCACUUCAGCUGUGGUUCCUCCAGCUCCAGCCAAUGAGGGUGUGGAUGGGGCUGACACAGCUUCAGCCGGAGGAGAUGAAAGUGAUGCUAAUACUGGCUCUUCAUUUGAAGAGAUUGAUGAGAGAGAAGCAGCAGUUAUGCCUGAAGCAGGCACUAUGGAUGAGAAUCUCUCUGCUUCUGUGAAAAAGGAUGACGAUGAAGGAGAACGAUAAAGAUUUUUAUAUUUGUUUGCAUUUUGGAUGUGAAAGAUGAUAUGGUUUUGUCUUGCUAAGAGAUAGCAAAUGCUAGUAGUCAUAUAUAGAAAGCAUGCAUGCAACAUGGAAUAAAAUCUAGAAAAAAAAAAAUGUAGUGUCAGCUUUUUUAUGAUCAACAUUUACAAGGUUUUUUUUUCUUUCAUUUUCUGGCUUACUAUACAUAAAGCAAUAGUUAUCAUUAAAUCAUGUCUGUGAAAGUGAAGCUGGUAAGGCAAUAUACUUACAGCAUGUUUUAUUAAACCAGAAGAGGAAGCUACUUUAUGAGUAGUAUUUCAUCUCCUAGAAAAUCUGGAUAAAUAUUGUAAGGAAAGUUAAAUAUCCUGAAAUUUUCUUUUGGUAGAUUCAAUGGUAUGGACUUGCCACUGUAUAUAUUACAGAUAUUUUUGAAUCAGAGUUCAUAAUUGAAGAAGAUGGUAUCAAAAUGUAGUACCUCUAGUUUUCUAAAAGGUAAUUAAAAUGGAAUUAUUGCAGUGUUUGUAACUGGUUUUUGAAGCCUUUGCGUUUGUGUGUGUGUGUGAUUUGCUUACACACUAAAUAUAACAGAUGUGGAUGUUUGUAAGUUUAUUCAUUAAUGAUGUGCAUUAUCACAGCAUGGUUUUCAGGCACGAUACCAAAUAUUAACUUUCAAGUGAUCAAUGUUUUAGAAUUUUUUCAACAUUUACUCCUCUUUAUUUUCAAACACAGGAGCUACUGAACAAGCCAUUGUCCUUCAUCUUUUUCCAUUUUCAGUUGUUACUAAGGUGCAGACAGAAAAGAUGUGCAUCUUUUUUAUUAUGUCCAUGAGUUUGAAUGUUUCAAGUAUCACAUUUUUAUUUCUUUUAAGAAAGAUCUAAGUCUCUAAACCUUAAUGAUCCUAAUAUCAGAAUUAUUUUCAUUUCCAUCAAUCAUCAAAUGUACCACCAACAAAAUCCGUCCCUGUAGUAUGCAAAGAUUUCAUCAACAUAGUCCAUUUCUGAAGAUGAAAAGGAGAGACCAGACAUCAAACUCCUUUAUAGAUUGUAACAUUUGGAGAGCAGUGGCCAGUUCAGUUUUCUGUGUUGACGAGAAAAAAACUAAAUGUAAUAAAAAGCCCAGAAUUGAAAGACUUUGAAGAGACUGCUCAAAGAGCCCAAGAACCAGUCUAGGAAAUGAGAAAGUGCAGUUUGCAGAUAGGGUUUGGCAUGUGCAGGUUGCAUGUCUGUCGCCAUUGUCAUUAUUGUUUUCAUUUAUUUGUCAUUUUAUAGUUAUUUUCAGUGUGUUU